AUGGAAGAGGGAAAUCACUCGGAGGUGACUGAGUUCAUUCUCACAGGACUGACAGAUCGUCCGGACCUGCAGCUCCCCCAGUUUUUUUUGUUUCUACUCAUUUUUGUUCUCACCAUGGUGGGAAAUGGUGGGAUGGUCUUAUUAAUCAUGAGUGACUCCCGACUCCACACCCCCAUGUACUUUUUCGUCCAGAGUUUGUCUUUCUGUGAUUUCUGCUAUUCCUUUGUCAUUUCCCCGAGGAUGCUGCUAAGUUUCUUAGCCAAGAUGAAAAGCAUUUCUUACACUGCCUGUGCUUUGCAAAUGUUUUUCGAUAUGACUCUUCAGGAAACUGAGAGCCUCUUGCUGGCUGUGAUGGCGUAUGACCGUUAUGUGGCCAUCUGUAACCCACUGCUUUAUACGGUCAUCAUGACCAGGCAGCGUUGUAACCUGCUGAUGGCAGCCUGCUAUGCUGUGGCAUCGGUAGAUUCAGUCAUUAACACAUAUUUUGUAUUCCGGCUGACAUUCUGCCACUCCAACAUCAUCAACCAUUUCUACUGUGACAUGGUCCCCCUGAUGGCGCUCUCCUGCUCUGACACCAGCAGCGCUGAGAUUGUGAUGUUUGCGUCCACUUGCUACAUUAUAGUGACCAGUGUUGUGACCAUCCUCCUCUCCUACAUCUUUAUCAUCUCCACCAUCCUGAAGAUCCGCUCUACUGAGGGCCGGCACAAAGCCUUCUCCACCUGCACUUCUCACUUGACUGCAGUGGCCAUGUUCCAUGGCACCCUCCUUUCCAUUUAUUUCCGACCCACCUCCAGCAAUUCCACGGGCACCGACAAAAUAGCCUCAGUGUUCUACACGCUGGUGAUCCCCAUGUUGAACCCCCUCAUCUACAGCCUGAGGAACAGGGAGGUGAAGGGGGCUCUGAGGAAAGCCAUGAACAAACUCCUCAGCAAUUCUUGA